UGGUUUAUGUGAUUUGGACCUCACAGGUGAAAGCUAUGCCAACGAGCCGACGAUGCAUUCAUCAGCCAAGCAAUCACCUUCCACCCACUUCGCAAUCGUCAAGGUCAAAUAUGUACAGCAGAGAAAUGCACCAGAUACGACGCAUGCGACCAUCACACAUUCUGAGUGACGCCCCUAGGUCUCUGCCUGACUCUGUGCAGAUCGGCAAGGAGGUCAGCAUAGAAACCAGCCCGCCGCCAGUCCGCUGGGUCGGAUGGCGACGGCCUCGACAAGCACCAAACGACGAUAUUGACACGCUCGCCUGCCAGAGAUCCAGGCAGCACGUGUGUGUUUGAGGAUGUUUCCUGCGCCGUCCUUCUGACUGACCUGCAUUGAGUGUACGGACGCUAUGCCAGAAGUCGCCUCGAUGCAGCACUUCCCAGCCCUCACGGUGGACGUACGAGUGGCUUGCCUGCCAAUUGAAAUGGCCGCACAGCCACACAGCCGCACAAUCACACACAUACUCGAUUGCCUGCCGCACCUGAUGAUCGACUCUUGGCGUGUCAUCGUGGCGGCCCUCGAGAAAUACCAAAUGACCACCUCGCCCAGUGUUGCGCAAACACACAUUCAGCGUGUAGUCGGAGUCAUCUUGAUGCAUCCUGCACCCCAUCCAUCCAGGCGUCGUGCAUCAUGCACGUUGGUUGCGGCCUACUUGAGGUUUGUGUCCUCUCCGACGCGAUAUCGUAUUGCAUACGAGUGAUGAUCAAUCGGAUCAUAGCCCUCCUUCCCACCGUCGAACAGACAGCCGAUAAGAUCUUCGGUGAGGGAAUGCAGCAAGGAAGAUGGGAGCAGCUGUUGCAGUUCGUCGACUUGGCUGAGUGUGUAGCCAUAGUUGGUGAGCCCGUUCGGCAGUGUGCUGGCUGCGGCUGCUUCAGUCGUCUCAUGCCGCUCAAGAGCUUCACAGACGCGUCGGCAAAAAGAAGGUGAGAACAGUGGGAGAGCGAAGGCUCCAUCGCAGAUCCGCAUAGCAGCAUCUUUGAGGGUCUCCGCGCCUCCGUCAUCGAUUCCGGCACUCUCUCGACAUGCACCUCGGAUGAGCGAUGAGCGAGAGAUAGAUGCAAGAGUCCUGGCGACCGCUGGCAAUAAUCCAUCAAUCAUGCUGCAGCAACAAUCAAAG